AUGGCCGGCUACUGCACUACUGAUCAGGCAGUUGCAGCGAGAACACUGACUAUGCACCUCCUGCUCACACUUGUGUCUGCUACGCUGGCAGUUACGGCGAGGACAAGUACUACCAAACGGGACAGAGGGCCCCUGCCUCGCGUCGUUAACGGGCAGGACGCAGCGGUCGGCCAGUUCCCCCACCAGGCGCUCGUCGUCAUCGGCCAGCGCUCCGUGUGCGGCGGGUCGCUCAUCUCCAAGGCUUCAGUCCUCACCGCCGCGCACUGCACCAUCGCGGCUAAAAAGUACACCAUCCGCCUGGGAGGCAUCCAUCAGCGGGAGGACGAGUACUCGGCCUGGAUCACCGUCUCCACCUGGGCCAAGGCGUACCCGGAUUUCAACACAACGAGCAGUUCCGACAACGACGUGUCUAUUAUCUUCCUGACUGAGGAACCUCCUCUGAGCCGUGAGUAG